CCCGCUCCGUCUUUGCUCAUUCCUCUAGGCCUCACCAUUCUUCAGGCCUCUACUAUUUCUUCUCCGUUAAGCCACAAAAACUCCGGUCCAUCAGUCGAAAGAAGAGGGACGAGAGCGCACUAUGCUCGCGUGCCGGGCGCUUUACUUUUUGCUGGCGUUGGUUACGGUGGGCGUGUUGGCGAUUGACGAGAAUACGCGAAUAGCGAAUCGGACGAUUGAGAGGACGGUCCAACUCCGCACACAUUCGCUAUACGCACCAUACAUUGACCAAGACCUUCAAAACCGAUGGUGGGACUUCGGUGCAGAUGCUUAUGUCAACACGAACAAGCACGUCCGCCUCACCCGGAAUAAGCAGUCAUUAAUGGGCUGGUUAUGGUCCCGUCUGCCUAUCACCGCUUCGAACUACAUCAUCGAGAUCGAGUUCAAGAUUUCAGGAGAGUCAACACAUCUGUUCGGUGACGGAAUGGCGAUAUGGUUGACGAAGGACAGGGCACAGCCGGGGCCUAUAUUCGGUAGCAUCGACAAGUUCAACGGCCUAGCCAUCUUCCUCGACACGUACGCGAACGGACGACACAAUUAUGAUUUCCCGAGGAUCGUGGCGAUGAUGGGGGAUGGGCAGACGAGUUAUGAUCAGGCGCAUGAUGGGGAUGAGACAAAUAUCGCUGCGUGCUCGGCAAAGUAUCGUCGGACGAACGUCGCCACGAAGCUUAAAAUCACGUAUGCUAAGGAUUCGGUUCUGGAUGUGAAGAUUCAGUAUCAAGGAUGGGAUCAAUGGGACGACUGUUUCACCGUCAAAGGCGUUUCAAUACCCGCGAACCCAUACCUCGGUUUCUCAGCAAUGACGGGCGACGUCAGUGAUGCGCACGACAUAAUCUCCGUCUCAUCCUACUCCGCCGUGCUCUCCCAGCCCGACGCUCAGCGCGACAAACACCGCUCCGACCCGUCCUCCCUCUCAUCCUCCUUCUCAUCCUUCUUCUCCACCCUAUUCAAACUCGCGCUCUUCGUCGGCGUCUGUGCCGGGGCUUGGUAUGGCUGGAUGACUUAUGGGCGGAAGAGGUUUGGAGGCGGUGGGGGUGGUGGAUUUGGUGGAGUGGGUGGUGGUGGGAUGGGUGGGUUGAGCGGUGGGAGGGGAGGGUUUGGGGGGUUGGGUGAGAUGGGGAGGGGGCUGGGGAAUGGGCUGGGGAGUGCGGCGGGUGGGCUUUGGCAGGAUCCGAAGAGGUUUUAGGGGCAGCUAGUGAGUGAUUCUUUGGUAUGGAGGGCGGGUGAAUGUACCUUGAGAGGGCGGAUAUGCAGGAGGCUGUGACGUGGGUGUAACAUAAUGUCCUUGUCGCUGUCGAUUAGUGCUGGUACCGUGACUGAGGGGUCCAGCCUUACACAACACCGUAGAUAAGUUACUCUGAGUGCGGUGACGUUGACGAAGUACAUACAUAGUGCUCCUUGUGACGACGAUGAAACUUACGGACGGAUUUUCGGAUGUGAGCACCGAGUCUCGUUUGGUGGAUAAUUAUUUGAUUUGAUUUCUU